AUAGACCUUAGCAGUUUGCUCACAGCAUUUGCUGGAGAAAGUCACCAAGGGCACAGUUACUCUUGGUGUCUUAUGAAACUGUCUAUCAACUCUGAAACUUUGAUCAGAGAUUGUUCCAUAGAAAGAAAGGAUUAAUGGCUGAAUACAACAUUCACCUGUGGUCACCUGUAAAAUAACAACUUGGCAAAGCAUCGAAGAUGAGCUCAAGUCAGCAGCGAUUUUCUGGCUUGAGCACCAUGACCCUGCCACCAUUACCGCAGCCACAGUGUAACUCCAGUGUCAGUGAUAUGAACAGUAUCUAUACCGCAGUCAUUAAAGUGUUUCGAGGUGAAGGACUGCAAAUGAAUGAACUCUACUUCUUAAACGAGAGCAUCAGAUGGCUUUUAAAAACAGAAAUGGGGUCAUUCAUUGAAGAGUAUUUCCAGAAUCAGCUUCUGAAUAAAGGUUUUAGGUCUAUUUUAGAAGAGGUUCAACUAUAUGAAGGGGAAGAUCAGCUCUUUUUCUUGGCAGAAGUAUGGAUUAGAUUUUUCUCAGAAAUCCUGCCCACACUGCAAGCCAUUUUUUAUCCACUACAGGGUCAUGAGUUCACAGUAAGGCAGAUGGCCCUGCUAGCUUUCAGAGAUACUGUCCUGAUGAGCCUUCCACUGGAAGAGCUGCUCCCAACUAAUCUUUCUUUGCUCCCCACAUCCAUCAGACAGAUGCUGCUAAUCUUACAGGGAGUCCAUGAGCCCAGAGGCCCUUCAAUGGAAUACUUUCGCCUUGAGAAAAUGCUGGAAAUGGUGGUUUCUCCCUAUCUGUGGAACUGCAAACAAAAAAGUAACACAGGGUAUGAUGAAAAAAUCAGAGACAGUACAUGCCUCAUCCAACCUGAGAUAAGGAUCACACAGCACAUUUCAGAAGUCUCUCUUUUGACUCCUUUAUUGGAGCAGGAGGGAGAGGGGCAUGUGGAGAGAGGAAGCAGCCUCCGGCGUCAUUCUGUAUGUGAUGCCAGAUCUGGAAUCACUGACAUGCAGCUUCUCACUGUUACUAAUAUGAUGCAGUCUGGGUUAGAGAAGGCAUGCGUGAGCAUUAACGAAAUGAGGGAAAAGCGUAAGAGAGAUCGCUCUCAAGUCAGUCCUACAUUUGAAAGCCAGAGUUGUUAA